GUGCUGGCGAGUCUGGGAAGAGCACCAUCGUCAAACAGAUGAAGAUCAUCCAUGAGGAUGGCUACUCAGAGGAGGAGUGCCGGCAGUACAAAGCCGUGGUCUACAGCAACACCAUCCAGUCCAUCAUGGCCAUCAUCAAGGCAAUGGGAAACCUGCAGAUUGACUUUGGAGACUCCUCCAGAGCGGAUGACGCUCGGCAGCUCUUUGCUCUCUCCUGCACUGCUGAGGAGCAGGGCAUCAUGCCGGAGGACCUGGCCAAUGUCAUCCGGAGGCUGUGGGCUGACAACGGGGUGCAGGCCUGUUUCAACCGCUCCCGAGAGUACCAGCUGAACGACUCUGCUGCCUACUACCUGAACGACCUGGAGAGGAUAGCCCGUGCUGACUACAUCCCCACCCAGCAGGACGUGCUGCGCACCAGGGUGAAGACCACGGGUAUUGUAGAGACCCACUUCACCUUCAAGGACCUGCACUUCAAGAUGUUCGAUGUGGGCGGCCAGCGCUCGGAGCGGAAGAAGUGGAUCCACUGCUUCGAAGGGGUGACAGCCAUCAUCUUCUGUGUGGCCCUCAGUGCCUAUGACCUGGUGCUGGCUGAGGAUGAGGAGAUGAACCGCAUGCACGAGAGCAUGAAGCUGUUCGACAGCAUCUGCAACAACAAGUGGUUCACAGACACGUCCAUCAUCCUCUUCCUCAACAAGAAGGAUCUCUUUGAGGAGAAGAUUGUGCACAGCCCCCUGACCAUUUGCUUCCCUGAGUACACAGGGGCCAACAAGUAUGAUGAGGCAGCCAGCUACAUCCAGAGCAAGUUUGAGGACCUGAACAAGCGGAAGGACACCAAGGAGAUCUACACCCACUUCACCUGUGCCACCGACACCAAGAACGUGCAGUUUGUCUUCGACGCCGUCACCGACGUCAUCAUCAAAAACAACCUGAAGGACUGUGGCCUCUUCUGAGGGCCGGCGCUGCCCAGG